GAUCACACACACUGCGGUGAUGGUAGCAACCGCCCUGCCGACACUUAUGUGCACACUGCGAAUGGCUCCAAUGAGCCUUCGAGCCGCUGUUCGUCCUACACACGAGAGGCGGCAGACGUUUCGUCACUCUUCAUGCUUUCAAACUGAUACCUGCGCAGGCGCAUUUGUUGAUUGCUUACAGUCGGAUUCUCCAUGUUCAAGGCGCGGGCAAGCCUUCACUCUCUUCUUUUCCUUGUUUCUUUGUCUCUAGUCUCUUCUUUCCCUGUGAGACGUCCGAGGGACUGGAUUGCAAGAGAUGCAGAGGAUGGUCGAACAAGAAGUAUCACUCUUCCCUUGCAGGCGAGGAAAGUGGCCAAACGUGCAUAUGUCGAGGAUCUGCUUGCCGGAGCAAUAGGACUGGGAGACUAUCAAGACAUGGUUUACACUGUCUCUGUCCAAAUUGGAAACACGACAACCACGUUGAACCUCGACACAGGAUCGAGCGAUCUGUGGGUUAUGUCCACCGGCUGUGAUACGACCGUUUGUCAGGAAACAACCUCUAUUGCCUAUUCAACUUCUGGGAUGACCUCUACUGGGGCAAGCGUGAACUUGACGUAUGGUGACUCGACCACAGGAACCUAUGCUUCAGGUCCCAUCGGUCUGGACACUGUCACACUAGCUGGACUUUCGAUGAACGACCAGCCGUUCGCUGCCGUGGAUAAUACAGAUAAUUCUGCUGUCUUGAAUGGUGGUGCUGGGAUCAUAGGCUUAGGGUUCCCGAGCGAGAGCUUCAUCGAGACGCAGCUGACAAACGAAAAGUUCAACAAUCCAACAACGACGGAUGACUUUGUUUCCCAUAUCAGCGCAUACGGGCCUAUAGUCUCCAGACUCGUUGCUGCCGGUGAAAUCGACCAGCCACUGUUCGCCGUUACUUUGCAACGAGACACGGUAGAUGUUAGUGGGAAAGGCCAGCUUACCAUCGGCGAGCUGCCCGAUGGAGUAGAAAACGCCUCCAUUACUUGGGUGCCUGUACGGCUGUACUCAUCCGCUGAUGGUGGACUCAGUGCCCCGACUUUCGCAUCAGACGAGGUCUAUCCCUUACGAUGGGAGGUUCCUAUCGACAAUGUCUAUCUGGACGGAAAAGUGCUGGCAAACUCGACAAUUGCACCUGACGGUGUCACGACAUCGUUCAUCGAUGCACUGAUUGACACUGGCAACUCGCUGAUCCGCGGCCCCCAAGACGUCGUCAACAACAUUCUGAGCACAGUGUCCCCAGCCUACGCAGCAGACUCGAGCGCCAAAGCCACCCUGCCAUGCACAGACGCACACACUCUGGCUUUCGAGAUCGGUGGCAAGAUGUUCUCCGUCGACCCACGCGACUUCGUCUCGCAGAAUCAGACCGGCAAUGCGACCGAAUGCGUCGCGAGCAGCGUAACGUCUACCGACCCUCCAAGCCUUGGGUCGCUUUUCAGCUGGAGCCUAGGCGAUCCGUUCCUGAAAUCAAAUCUGGCGGUGUUCUACUAUGGUAACCUGACAAAUCCCUCGGUGGACCCUCCCCGAAUUGGAUUCAUGUCAAUGGUGCCGAGUAAUGCAUCAGAGUUGCUCGAUGAAGCUGUGAGCAAGGCGGAGAAAGACGGUGGGGAUUUCUCGACGACAUUGGAUGUUGCACCCACGGCAAGUACGGUGGUCGACAUUCCUGUAACAAUAACGUCGACUUCCUCCGGUCAAUCAUAUAGUAUGACUGCAGCGGACGUUUCAAGUAAGAACAGCUCGUCAGCUGCUUCUUCCACCUCAAGAUCGAUAGGAUCUCUGUUGUUCUGUGUCGUUUUGGUGGUAUCUACCUUGUUAUCUGGUACACUCUGAAUCUAGCGCUUUGUAACGUCUGCGCUGCUGUGACAUCUUUAUCACAGCGUCCCUUUCUAAGAUGCGCGCAGCCUCUGCCCUAUAAAGUCCUGAAAAUAGCGCAAUCUAGGAAAGAAGUCCGAGAGGACUCCAGUCAGGAUGAGUACUUUGCUGUCUUCGAUAUUGGUGAUGCUGGAAGUGCCCACAGAUAAAAGAAUGAGAUUGGGACAGCUGAAAUCCCUCUCCCAGACGCUCCUUUUCGAAGAUCCCUUCGAGUUCCGCUACGUUGGUGUUGAUCUUGAGUCCCAAAAGCUGCAGGUGGGGACAAUGUUUGAGAGGGUCAUAGACGAGGCCAUGCAAUAGUUAGGUCCUAUUAGAAUGCUUUAUCGAUCUGUACAAGGCAGCGGAUCUCGAUCUUGUGACCUUCUAUGUU